GGCGGGAGAUUUGGCGGCUGCGGCCGGCUUGGCACGCUAAGAACUCCAUCCACCGCCGGCCCCCGUGACCUGGGUCUUUGCUUCUUCCGGUUUGGGGAACGCAAAUCCCCACUACGCAAGUUGGAGAAGAUUUGGGAAAGGGUCUUCGCCGUGCCUCCCAGUUCUCCUCCGAAAUUAAGGGCUCGGCCUGCUCAGGUGAGAAAACUGAGGUCCAUCGAGUUGAAGAAACUGGCUCGCUCACCAUCAGACAACCGGUUGGUGGAUUAACUUCUUCAGUACUUAGAGAAAAAUGGCAAAUAUGGAUAACGAUUCCAGGCAUCGUCUCAUCUCUGAAGUAGAUCAUGAAGUAAAUCCUGGACCUAUGAAUAUUCAGUUUGAUUCAUCAGAUCUAAGAUCUAAAAGGCCUUUCUAUAUAGAGCCCACAAACAUCGUCAAUGUGAAUGAUGUCAUUCAGAGGGUUAGUGACCAUGCCUCUGCCAUGAACAAGAGGAUUCAUUACUACAGCCGGCUUACCGCUCCAGCAGACAAGGCACUGAUUGCUCCAGAUCAUGUAGUUCCAGCUCCAGGAGAAUGCUAUGUAUAUAGUCCAUUGGGUUCUGCUUAUAAACUUGAAAGUUACAGUGAAGGAUACGGUAAAAACACUAGUUUAGUAACCAUUUUUAUGAUUUGGAAUACCAUGAUGGGAACAUCUAUACUAAGUAUUCCAUGGGGCAUAAAACAGGCUGGAUUUACUACUGGAAUGUGUGUCAUCAUGUUGAUGGGCCUUUUAACACUUUAUUGCUGCUACAGAGUAGUGAAAUCACGGACUAAGAUAUCUUCAUUGGAUACCACUACCUGGGAAUAUCCAGAUGUCUGCAGAUAUUAUUUUGGUUCAUUUGGGCAGUGGUCGAGUCUCCUUUUCUCCUUGGUGUCUCUCAUUGGAGCAAUGAUAGUUUAUUGGGUGCUUAUGUCUAAUUUUCUUUUUAACACAGGAAAGUUUAUUUUUAAUUUUAUCCAUCACAUUAAUGACACAGACACUAUACUGAGUACCAACGAUAGCAACCCUGUGAUUUGUCCAAGUGCCGGGAGUGGUGGCCAUCCUGACAAUCGCUCUGUAAUAAUAUUCUACACCAAUGACACAGGAGUCCAACAGUUUGAAAAGUGGUGGAACAAGUCCAAGACAGUGCCCUUCUACCUCAUAGGGCUCCUCCUACCACUGCUCAAUUUUAAAUCACCUUCAUUUUUUUCAAAAUUUAAUAUCCUAGGCACAGUAGCUGUUCUCUAUUUAAUUUUCCUUGUUACCUGGAAGGCUUUUCGCUUGGGAUUUCAUUUGGAAUUUCAUUGGUUUACCUCAACACAAUUUUUUGUCCCAGAGAUAAGAUUUCAGUUUCCACAACUGACUGGAGUGCUUACCCUUGCUUUCUUUAUUCAUAAUUGUAUUAUCACACUCUUAAAGAAUAACAAGAACCAAGAAAAAAAUGUAAGAGAUCUGUCCAUUGCUUAUAUGCUAGUGACAUUAACUUAUAUCUAUAUUGGAGUCCUGGUGUUUGCUUCAUUUCCUUCACCACCAUUAUCCAAAGAUUGUAUUGAGCAGAAUUUUUUAGACAACUUCCCUAGCAGUGAUAUCCUGUCCUUCAUUGCAAGGAUAUUCCUGCUGUUCCAGAUGAUGACUGUAUACCCACUCCUAGGCUAUUUGGCUCGUGUCCAGCUAUUGGGCCAUAUCUUCGGUGACAUUUAUCCUAGCAUUUUCCAUGUGCUGAUUCUUAAUCUAAUUAUUGUGGGAGCUGGAGUGACCAUGGCCUGUUUCUACCCAAACAUAGGAGGGAUCAUAAGAUAUUCAGGAGCAGCGUGUGGACUGGCCUUUGUAUUCAUAUAUCCAUCUCUCAUCUAUAUAAUUUCCCUCUACCAAGAAGAGCGUCUAACGUGGCCUAAAUUAAUCUUUCACAUUUUCAUCAUCAUUUUGGGCCUGGCUAACCUGAUUGUUCAGUUUUUUAUGUGAAAUAUUCAACUCUUUUCUCAAGAUCUUUCAUGGUAUUUUGAGCUUUGAGAACAGUUACACAUAAAUUCACUUGUAAAUGCUAUUGUUGCUGUAAUUCUAAAUGUUUUUUCCUAAAAUAAUUUGAAAGCCAGGGGAAAAGUUGUCCAUAAGUAAAUAUUUUUGAUUAGAGUGGGAAAGGGGGCAAAAUGAUCUUAGUCUCUUUACCUGUCUCAUAUUCACUUACCUCUUAAUUCUCAUUUUCUUUUCUGAGUAGAAAUGUGUGCCCUAGGAAAAAUCAUGCUGGGUUUUGGAGAUAUAUGAUAGGUGGGUUUAUUUGGCUGCAGUAAAGAUUCUCAGGUUAUCACAGGAACAUAUUACCAGAUCCUGUUUCUGUUUUAUGUUUUAGUGUAUUUACUUUCCUUGUAUUACCUGCUAGACCUUUUCUGCCAUUUGCCCAAACCUCUAUAGUUUGGGACAAUAAACCAAAUACCUCAUUUUAAAAAAGAAGUUGCCAUGGCAUCAGUGUUAAUAGGGUGAAUUCUUAACUGAAUCCUUAAUCUCUAUUUUUUUAAAAAAAAAUGUUAAUAGUAUCAGUACAGUCUCCAUGACUAUGGGACUUAUGCAAAAGAAGCAAACUAGAAGGGUUCAUUACUGACCAACUCCUUUUUUGUUUCUAAUCCAGUACUGGUGACUUAAGUCAAAAUUAUAGUUCCCUGAGCCAGGUUUUGCAUAGUGACGAGAAUGAUUGUCCCCAUAGCCUCAGGGGGACCCUUUUGCUCUUUGGAUCCCUGAGCGUUGCAUAAGAUGUCAUGACAGGACCAAUGGGAAAUGGGGAGUAGAGUACAUUUGAGGCCUUAGAGGGAAAAGGAGAAUACUUGAAGGGCCAGGAUGGAUGAGGCCUCCUACCCAGUGUAUUCUCUGGGGCAAUUGUAGUUUCUUUAUCAUAGUAAAGGAUUUAUUCUGUUUGAGGUCUGACCUCUAAAAGGAGACCACCACCUCCUUACUUCUGUAACUGUCAGGAUAGAGUUUAAAUCCCCAUAAGGAAAACUUCUUGGAUCUGAGAAUAGGGUUAGGGAAUCUGUACCUUUGGAAUUAACACUCUCCUCCUUUUCUUCCAAACUAAAAUGUUAAACCAAAAUCCAAAUUCAUGUCUUCCAUGUAAUACAGCCUCUGUGUUCAGCCCAGGACUACAGAGUGAAUGUUUAUUUUCUGAAAAACUGUGAUUUCUCUAACUCUGGGCUAAAGUCAAAAUAUAUGUUGCCUUUAUAGAUCUGACAUCCCAGGGUAGUGUGUAAAUUUGUUUUAUAUCCUUCCUUUGACAAAGACAGGUGAAAUGUUGUUUUUGUUAUUACCUUUUCACCUAGUACAAAGCUCCAGAUUCUAGACCAGCCGUAAUUUCUUUCAGGAAAGCUUUCUGUCCAGUCAUAGACCCAUACACCUGUUUUGAUGAUGAACUGUAUUUCUUAAAGCCCUUUUUAAAAAGUGUCAUUGUGAAAAUUCUCAAGCAUAUGCAAACAUAGAAUAAUAGAUGAAGCCCCAUGUACGCAUCGCUUACGUUCAGUAAUUAUAGGAUUUUGUCACAUUUGCUUCAUCUCUUUUUUCUUUUCCUUUUCCACUGAAGUAUUUUUAACGCAAUUCUCAGAUGUUAUGUCAUUCAUCUCUACCAACCUUAAUAUGCAGCUCAGCGCCUUUUGAAUUUACUUACCUUUAUUGAUGGAAACCGUUUCAAGAGUUUUGUUAACAGAAACAGUUUGUAAAAGUUAGGUAAAUUGUAAAAAUUCUGCAUUACAUGUCUGGAUGCUUGUGUUAGUCCCUCUUAAAACUGAAGUCCUAUUAUGUGGAAAAGUUGUCCUUCUGUGCUUGGUAGCCCCUGAAUCUUUAUGACUUCAAAGACUUUUGCUCAGUUAGCAGAUACAGGAAUCAAAAGCUAGAUAGAACCUUGAGAGCUCUUCUGGGCUUAAUCUCUUUACUCCUAGUUGUCUUUCUUGUCUUUAAAAUCUUCUAAAGAAUUUUCAAUGACGUAUUGAAUGUUUUAACACAUGGAAAAAUGAUUUGAAAUGUUUUUGCCCAUUUAAUGAUGAAAGUGAAUGUGCCAGUUUGAAUGUAUUAUGUCCCCCAGAAAAAGCCAUAUUCUUUGAUGCAGUCUUGUGGGGCAGACAGAAUAGUGGGGAUUAAGUUGGAACAUUUGAAUUAGGUUGUUUGC